AUGAGCGGCGCUGAGGAGACUCCUGUCGACGUCGCGAGAACUCCUGCUCAUCGCGCGGGGAGGGCGAAUGGGGCCGUGAUGGGCGGCGUUCGGGAGACUGCGGACGCCACGGUUGCCCAGACGGAACCAACGGAGGCGCUACAGGCCUCGGCAGGCACCACCGCCGGGGCCGGGCCGCCAGUGGUGGCGGACACCGCCUCUAGCGCCAAGUCGCCGCCAAGAGCAGCAGGGGCAGCGGCGAUCACAGGGGCGGCAAGGACAGGGGCAACUGGUGGCACAACAACCGCAGCAGUCAGACUCGCAGAGAGAACGGCGACAGAGGGCGCUGGCUUCGGGGCAGGUGGGACUGGCGGCUUCAUUGCAGCACUCCCCGAGGCAGACACCGGCGGCGACUUUCCGCUCGCCGUUGACGUAGAGGCAGCGUGCUUUGGCAAUGGCCACGACUUGCCAGCAACCACCAUCGCGAGGAGGGAGGAGACAAGGAGCAGGACGUCGGGAAGGGCGGAGAGUGGAAGGCGGAUCGGAGAAUGCGUUCCAGGCGGCUGCACGUAG